UUGGACCCUUAGUCAGAAAGACAUAUAUUUGAAACCUGCCUGUAUUUUAGACCAGACUCCUAAUAUGAUAUUCCCUACAUAAGCAGCAAACUCUGUAAAAAAUAUUAAGGUACAAAAACACCAUUUAUAGAAAUGGUAAAAUAGAUUUUUUUUUCUCUUAUUCCUCAUCUAGAUGCCCUGAAGAAACACAUGGCUCAGAUAAAUUGCACCCAGGUGACAGAGUUUAUUCUUGUGGGCCUCACAGAUCACCAGGAGUUGAAGAUGCCCCUCUUUAUGGUAUUCUUAUCCAUCUACCUUUUCACAGUAGUAGGCAACCUGGGAUUGAUCCUAGUCAUUAGAGCAGAUGCAAGACUCAACACACCAAUGUACUUCUUUCUUAGCCAUCUGGCUUUUGUCGAUUUCUGUUACUCUUCUGUCAUCACACCCAAAAUGCUUGCAAAUUUCUUGUACCAACAAAAUGUCAUCUCCUUCAAUGCAUGUGCUGCUCAGUUAGGCUGCUUCCUUACACUCAUGGUAUCAGAAUGCUUGCUACUGGCCUCCAUGGCCUAUGAUCGAUACGUGGCUAUUUGUAACCCUCUCCUGUAUAUGAUCACAAUGUCCCCAGGAACCUGCCUUCAGCUUGUAGCUGUCCCCUAUAGCUAUAGCUUCCUGUUGGCCCUGUGUCAUACCAUCCUCACCUUUCGUCUCUCCUAUUGCCAUUCCAAUAUCAUCAAUCAUUUCUACUGUGAUGACAUGCCUCUCCUCAGGCUGACUUGCUCAGACAUUCACACCAAACAACUAUGGAUUUUGAUCUGUGCUGGUAUCACAUUAAUUUUCUCUGUAUUGAUCAUUUGUGUCUCCUACAUGUUCAUCAUUUCUGCCAUCCUGAAGAUGCACUCAGCUGAGGGCAGGCACAAAGCCUUCUCCACAUGCAGUUCCCACAUGUUGGCAGUAACCAUAUUCUAUGGGACUCUGAUCUUUAUGUACCUACAACCAAGCUCAAAACAUUCUCUUGAUACAGACAAGAUGGCCUCUGUCUUCUAUACAGUAAUCAUUCCAAUGUUGAACCCCUUGAUCUACAGCCUCCGAAACAAGGAUGUGAAAGAUGCCCUAAAGAAUGUCAUCAUUAAUAGAAACCAGGCACUUGUAUUCACGAGAUUAAGAAAAUAACUUAAUAAAAGUGGGCUU